CUAAACACAGUCACCAUGAAGCUGGGCUGUGUCCUCAUGGCUGGGGCCUUCUACUUUUCUCCUGCUAUGCUCUGGGCAGCCCAGAUGCUGCUGGCUGCCAGUUUUGAGGCGCUCCAGUGCGAAGGACCUGUCAGCACCCAGGAGAGCAGUUGCCACCCUGAGGAUGACUUGACGGACCCAAGAGAAGUCGACUUCCAGGUCAAGGGCUACACUUUCAGCGCACCCUUCCAUCUGGUUGUGUCCUACGACUGGCUGAUCCUCCAAAGUCCAACCUGGCCUAUAUUUGAAGGAGACCCUCUGGUUCUGCGCUGUCAGGCCUGGCAAGACUGGCCACUGACCCAGGUCACCUUUUACCAAGAUGGCUCAGCCCUGGGUCCCCCUGGACCUAACAAGGAAUUCUCCAUCGCCGUGGUGCAAAAGGAAGACAGCGGGCAUUACCACUGCAGUGCUAUCUUCAGGAGCCCUGGUCCUGGGAGCCCAGAAACGGCAUCUCCCGUGGCUAUUACAGUUCAAGAACUGUUUCAAGCCCCGGUUCUCAGAGCCACACCCUCAGCUGAGCCCCAAGAGGGAAGCCCGGUAACCCUGAGCUGUCAGACAAAGCUGCCCCUGCAGAGGUCGGCUGCCCGCCUCCUCUUCUCCUUCUACAAGGACAGCAGGACAGUGCGCAGCAGGGGCCCUUCCUCAGAAUUCCAGAUCCCCACUGCUUCGGAGGCACACUCUGGGUCCUACUGGUGUGAAGCAGCCACUGAGAACAACCAAGUUUGGAAACAGAGCCCCAAGCUGGAGAUCCGGGUGCAGGGUCCCUCCAGCCCUGCUGCACCCCCCACAUUGAAUCCAGCUCCUCAGAAAUCAGCUGCUCCAGAAACUACUUCCACGGAGCCCCCUGGGCCUCUGCCUCCACGGCCCACCCCUUCUUCUAAGGAUCUGGGCUCCUCUUCUCCUCUGCAGUUCCCAGAUCCCCAUCUGCAUCACCAGAUGGGUGUUCUCCUCAAACAAAUGCAGGAUAUGAGGGUCAUCCUUGGUCACCUGGUCAUGGAGCUGAGGGACUUGUCUAGCCACCUGAAGCUCAAGACCACAAAGGGUCCUGCCAAAUAUGAGUAAACAAUUCACCUGCCGUGUUGCUCAACUACCCCCAAUAAA